AUGGGCGGUCUCGAUAAUGCAGGAGACAUCCUCAAUACGAAUUCGCGGACGCUGGCGCCCGCUGCCGUUGGCUCUCAGGUGGUGUUGAUGAGUAUCGUUUCAAUUAUCUAUGAGCCAAAGGUCAAGUAUCAUGUCGGAAACAAGCCCCCACCUCGUAUAAAUGACUCUGUCUUGUUCGGUUGGCUUCCCCCGCUACUCCACACGAAAGAACCUGAGCUUGUCGAAAAAAUCGGUCUUGAUGCCGUCACCUUCCUUCGUUUCCUGCGACUCCUGCGCUGGCUCUUUACUGGCCUCAUCAUCUGGCUUGUUCACAUCAACUGGACUCAAGUCGUACGAUUGCGUCGGGAGUGGUACCGGUCUCCGGAAUAUCUCCAGUCUUUCUACGCUCGGACCCUCACCGUGAGGCAUGUGCCAAAGAAGUACCAGUCGGAUAUGGGUAUCAAGGACAUCUUUGAAUCCGUGCAUGUUCCUUAUCCUACGACUAGCGUUCACAUAGGAAGGAGGGUCGGAAAGCUCCCAGAGUUGAUUGAUUAUCACAACGACACUGUUAGGGAGCUGGAACAAUACCUCGUCAAAUACCUUGAAGGGUGGGAAGAUAGGCAAGAGACGGCCAACUCGCAAAGCUCAAAGCGCACAGAGGCUGCCAUAGAGGAAUAUCGCUCCCAGAUAGACACUCGCAAAGCAGAAAACUAUGGCUUUGCAAGUAUGGCUGCGGUCCCUUACGCUCACAUCGUGGCCAAGUUAUUGAACGGCAAGCAUCCUAAAGGAACAGACAUCGAACUGGCUCCCAAUCCCAAAGAUAUCAUCUGGGAGAACAUGAACAAGUCUGAAGGUGCACUGGCAAGGAAGAAGCUGACUGGAUUUCUCUUUCUGGCCCUCGUAUGUUUCUUCAACACGGUGCCCUUGUUCAUCAUAUCGGUGUUGGCCAACUUGGACUCGUUGACUGCAUACGUAACAUUUCUUGCAGAAUGGUCGUCUUCUUCACCCACGUCCUUUGCUUUCGUUUCUGGUGUUCUUCCACCGGCUGUGUCCGGUCUUUUUGGGUUCUUUUUGCCUGUAAUCAUGAGAUGGUUGACGCAGUACAUGGGUGCUCUCACGCACUCUAGACUUGACCGGGCUGUCGUCGCUCGCUACUUUGCUUUCUUGGUCAUUUCGCAAUUGAUUAUCUUCACGUUGAUUGGUGUCAUUUUUAAUUCGGUGAAGCAGAUUGUGGCACAGAUCGGGAAGAAGAGUUUCAAUGAGAUUAUUAGCAAUCUUGAUACCUUGCCCGAUACCAUUAACAGGACCUAUAUUGAUCAAGCGUCUUACUGGCUGACAUUCUUCCCUUUACGUGGUUUCCUCGUAGUCUUCGAUUUGGCCCAGAUUAUCAACUUGCUAUGGUUGUCGUUCAAGACUCAUGUGUUUGGUCGUACUCCGCGUGACAUCCGAGAGUGGACUCAGCCCCCCAUCUUCCCGUAUGCGGUGUACUAUGGCAACACGCUGUUCAUGGGUUCCGUCGGACUAGUGUUUGCUCCCCUCGCGCCGCUAGUGCCAUUGGCUGCUGCUAUCGUCUUUUGGAUGAGCUCCUUUGUAUACAAAUAUCAACUGAUGUUUGUGUUCGUGAGUAAGGUUGAAACUGGUGGCCGAAUGUGGAAUGUUCUCAUGAAUCGGCUGUUAUUUUGCGUCGCCCUCAUGCAAGCCUUACUUAUUUUGACCAUCGGUCUUCAAUACGGUUUCAAGUCACUGCAAUGGCUCAUUACUAUUCCUCCCAUCAUUAUUGUCGCUGCGUACAAGAUCUAUGCCAACAAGGUGUUUGAUAGCGCAUUCCGUUACUACAAUCCUUCGGAAGAGGAGCUUCGGCUGGCAAAGGUGCAUUCAGAACGCGCUGAUAACAAGGGCAACAAGCUAGGAAAACGCUUUGGACAUCCCGCCCUUCAUGCUGACUUGUUCACGCCAAUGCUGCAUGCGAACAUGAUGCCUCUGCUUGGUCAAGUGUAUAAGGGUAAGAUUGGUAGAGACCAAGCCAAGCUUGAUGAAUACGGCGGGCAGAAGAUGGAUGCACAGGUCGUCGAAGGUGGUAUCCGGAUUGCUGCCAUUGAUCAACGUGAUCUCGAAUAUGACCCUGUCCAAUACCAACGUGAUCGCGGUGAACUGGACUGGGACGCCCGAUCAAUGAACUCCACUGUGAUGUUGGAUAACGGUCCUCCAAAUCCUAACUUCUAUGGCAGCAGUACAACGUUACUCAACAGCUACGAUCGCGACCGGUAUCUUGCUGGCGGAAGCAGUUCCACCCCACCUGCGGAAAACUUUGAGUUGACCACGAUGGAUUCUCCACGAGAGCCUCUCCUCAGUCCACGAUCGCAGAUGUACUAUCAACAGCAGCAAGGCUACGAUUCAUCGCAGUCACUAGCGCCAUCAAUACCGCCGACAAUGUACAAUGAUGGUGCUAUGAGGGAGGCGCCAGUACAUCGGCCACAGGGCUCACAGUCAUCGUUCCACGCCGGAGUCCCUAUGGAUAGGACGAUGAGCUCAUUCCAGCAGGAGCGAAGCGGUAGCCCCUUUGUGGAGCGCCGUAGUGGCAGCCCAUUGGAUGACCGAACGGCCAGUCCCCGGCCAUACGCAAACCAGCAACGGCAGUACUCUCAUGAUCGGGGUCCUUCUGGGGGUAGUGGCAACAUGGCGGGCCGUGGCGCAUAUAGAGAAGCCAAUCGACGUUUUCGGCCGUCAACACAUCCUCAAGGUCCUCAAAGUUCUCAAGGCGUCGGUACUCUUUUUUACAGCAAAAUGGGCUCAACGAGAUUGUACUCCAAAGGUCGUGUCCUUGGACACAAGCGGGCCAAGCGCAACAGUCGUCCCAACACCUCCCUCCUUCAAAUUGAGGGUGUCGCUACCAAGGAGGAUGCCCAGUUCUACCUCGGAAAGCGGGUUGCAUAUGUCUACAAGGCGAAGCGGGAAGUAAAGGGAUCCAAAGUGCGAGUCAUUUGGGGACGAGUAACCCGGCCACAUGGAAGCUCUGGUGUUGUAAAAUCAAAAUUCCGUUCCAACCUCCCUCCCCGCGCGUUCGGUGCUAGUGUUCGGGUGAUGCUCUACCCCUCGACUAUCUAG